CGCUUUUCUCCCCCCCCGCCAAACAGCGCUGCCCAUCCCACCUCCAUUGACUCACACAGAAUUAAUUGGCCCAUGCCGUCACUCACCUUUUACUUUUUUUUCUUCUCAGAAGUACCAACAACAAUCUUUCCAGCUUCUCAUCCGGUCAAUUGCUUCGACGCAAACUUGUCCUGUUCCACGAAACCUCAAUUGAUUCCCCCCAACCCCCCCAGCAUCAUUGACAAAAUGGCCGGCGAGAAGGGAAAGGUCUGCUUGGCCUACUCAGGUGGUCUUGAUACCAGCACUAUUCUGGCCUGGCUCUUGGAGCAGGGAUACUCCGUUGUCUGCUAUCUUGCCAAUGUUGGACAGGAAGAGGACUGGGCCGCUGUUGAGCAGAAGGCUCUCCAGAUUGGUGCCGAGAAGAUGAUCAUCGAUGACCUCAAGCGCGAGUUCGUCGAGGAGCUCUGCUGGAAGGCUGUUCAGUGCAACGCCAUCUACGAGGACCAGUACCUUCUGGGUACCAGUCUGGCCCGCCCCAUCAUUGCCCGGGGUCAGAUGAAGGCUGCCGCCGCCACUGGCUGCCAAUUUGUUUCCCACGGUUGCACCGGCAAAGGUAACGACCAAGUUCGUUUCGAGCUUGCUUUCUACACAAUCAACCCCGAGAUCAAGGUUAUUGCCCCGUGGCGUGACCCCACCUUCUUCAACCGCUUCCAGGGACGCAACGACCUCCUUGACUACGCGGCUGAGAAGGGUAUCCCCGUCACCAGCACCAAGGCUAAGCCUUACUCUAUGGAUGACAACUUUGCCCACUGCUCGUACGAGGCUGGCAUGCUCGAGGACCCCGAUGUCACCCCUCCCGAAGACAUGUGGACCAAGACCGUCUCUCCCCUCAAGGCCCCCGAUGCCCCUCUCGACAUCACCAUCUACUUCAACAAGGGUAUUCCCUCCAAGGUCGUCACUCCUCAGCAGACUGCCACCGACCCCGUCGAGCUCUUCGGCCUGCUCAAUGCCAUUGGCAAGGAGCACGCCGUCGGUCGCGUUGAUAUCGUCGAGAACCGCAUGAUCGGCCUGAAGAGCCGUGGCUGCUACGACUCCCCGGCCAUGACAAUCCUUCGAUUGGCCCACAUCUCGCUUGAAGGUUUGGUCAUGGAUGGCCGCGUCCGCGCUUUGAGGGAUCUCCUUUCUAAGCAAUGGUCCGAGCUGCUCUACAAUGGCUCCUACUUCAGCCCCGAGCGCGAGUUCUUGCAGCCGUCCCUGGACCACUCUCAGCAGCGUGUCAACGGCGAGGUCCGCCUUCGCCUGUACAAGGGCAACGCUUACUGCCUGGGUCGCAAGUCCGAUGAGAAGCUUUACUCCGAGGAGGAUGCUUCCAUGGACUCUCUCACCACCUUCGACCCCUCUGAGACCACUGGCUUCAUCACCAUCAACGCCAUCCGCCUCAAGAAGUUCGGCCUCCAGAAGGCCGAGGCUGGUCUCGAGUUCUAAAGGGAUGACGUUUGGAUUCGGAAAGUGCUUUUCGGUAGUUUAUCUACCCAAAUCGAUAGGUCGCUGUAGACCUGGAAAGCCGGUCGUAGCAAUAUAAGGAUUCUCUGAUGAAACAUGACUCACAUUUCCACGACGCCGUGAUGUUAUGUUCACUAUGCACUCUCCCGAGUACAGCCUUGUCGAAGAGUUCAGGAGAAUCGCAUUCACGAGCGCACAAAUGAUAAGAAGAUGAGCGCUUGUGGUAAAAGAAGCAAGGGUAUCGGACUGCCAUGGAGCCCAUUCGAGAGCGCUUCAUGCCGGUUAUCUUAGUAUCGAGGGGAACCAAGAAAGGCAGGGCAUCUGCUUUGAGAUUGGACAUAGAAUAGACAGUUGCAAUGGUAUCUCUAGAUUAUAUACGAAUAUCU